AUGGAUGUUCUUUAUUCAUUAUUACGUGUUAAUAAUCGACGACUUGAUACUAUAAUACAAGAAAAUGAUUUCGCUAGUGUUCUCAAUUUUGUAUUAACAUCAUCAUUUAAUGCUACUUUCGCAUCUGUUGAUCUAAGAGUUGAUCAAUUCUGCACUUCAUAUAUGAAAACAUCACUAAAACAGUAUACGGCAGAUCUGUAUGGACAUGUUUUGAAAUUCUUUGAAGAUCUAAAAUAUUUAUCUAUUAUUGGAUUAUAUCCACACUAUUAUCCAUCUUUGGUACUUAGUAAUGUACCUUCAACUACGUUCUUUUCUUCAACUCUUAACAAAUUAUGUAUUCGUGUGAGACGUUUUGAAGAUUGUCUUGCUUUAAUUGAUGGUCGUCUUAAACAAUUAACAAUCUUGAUUAUUGUUAUUGAAAAUAUGGAAUAUGCUUCAUCGAAUGUUUAA